GAGAUUAAUUUAUAAAUCCAAGUUGCAGAGGUUAGCCCUCCAAAUAAAAAACUAACAAAACACAGCUAAUGUCAGUAGGCAGCUAUGAAGCAUCUCUGAAGCUCCCUCCCUUUCAUGUUACUAAUGGCAGUCUAUCUCAGAUUCUGAAUACAUAAAAAAGAAGCCAUCAUUUUGUCUUAGCUCCUUUAAUCCCACACUACAUCUUCUCCAAAAUGGCUGGACCUACUCACCAAAGAAAACCUUCCAAAGACACUUAUCAUAACCAAAAGAAAAAGCGCCGCCCUCAGCCUCAACCUCAGCCUCAGAAGAAUGACAAACCACCCUCUAAUUGGUCACUUGUCAAAGGCCUUUUCUUCGGCAAACCACAACAACAGCAUCAGCAACAACAACAACAACAGCAACAGCAACAGCAACAGCAACGGGAACAUGUUGUGGUGGACGAAACUGGCAAGAAAUGCAAGAAAAUGAGGUGUUCAGGAUCAUUAUGCAGCAACACAAAGAUCAUGGAAAGGCCUGUAACAGCUUCCCCUGAGCUCAACAAGAAAAGGGCAUCGCUUGGAUCCGUGAAAGCUCCUGUGCAGCAUGAACCUAAUGGAGUAGUAGUUUCUUCUUCUAAUGUUGGCUCAUUUCGAGGACUACCAUUUACUAGAUUCUCCGGCUGUUAUGAGUGCCGAAUGGUGGUCGAUCCAGUUCUUGGUAUGGCCAAAGACCCUUCCCUCAGGACUACUAUCCGUUCUUGCCCUGAAUGCGGUGAGAUUUUCAUGAAAGCUGAAAAUUUGGAGCUUCAUCAAGCUGUCAGGCAUGCAGUAUCUGAACUUGGUCCUGAAGACACAAGCAAGAACAUAGUGGAAAUCAUAUUCCAGUCAAGUUGGUUAAAGAAACAAGCACCUAUAUGCCAAAUCGAUCGCAUCCUUAAAGUCCAUAACACCCCAAAAACCAUCUCCAAGUUCGAGGAAUACCGUGAUUCAAUCAAAUCCAAAGCCACCAAGCAUCCCAAAAAGCACCCUCGUUGCAUAGCGGAUGGCAAUGAGCUCCUUCGGUUUCAUUGCACCACUUUUGCAUGUUCACUAGGUCUCAACGGGUCCUCCAACUUGUGUAACUCGAGCCCCAACUGCAAUGUCUGCAGCAUCAUUAAAAAUGGUUUCAAGGUAGCCCAAGAACUCGGUAAUGGUGGUGGUCCCAAUGGGAAAGGAAUAUUGACGACAGCAACCAGUGGCAAAGCUCAUGAUAUGGCAGCUGGGGUAGAAGAAGAUAAUGGAAAGCAAGAGAACAGGGCCAUGCUUGUUUGUAGGGUGAUUGCAGGGAGAGUGAAGAAGAACAUGGAAGGCAGCUUGGAGGAUUACGACUCGGUCACGGUGGCGGGUGGUGAUGUUGGGGCCUACUCCAAUUUGGAUGAGUUGUAUGUUUUUAAUCCCAAGGCUAUCUUGCCUUGUUUUGUUGUCAUCUAUAGGGGGUUUUAAUGGGGUUUUGGCUAUAAAACCCGAUAAAUCCAAAGUUUAGUUCAGUUAGGUCAUAAACAUGAUGUAAAUCAAUGGUUGAUUUGCUAAGCGUGGAGGAUAGCUUGGAGGAUUACGACUCAGUCACUGUGGCUGAUGAUGAUGAUGAUGUUGGGGGGUCUUAUCCCAAUUUGGAUUGUAGUAUGUGUUUAAUCCUAAGGCUACCUUGCUUUGUUGUUA